AUGCCUGUUGGACAUUACACAAGUCGCCCUUACAGCUCAUUCCGAGCGGGCAAACUCAACUCUUCAUCCAUCAUUCACACGGCAUCAUCAUCAAUUUCAACAAAACCACAAUACAAUUAUUUAUCACCGACCGCAUCCUCCUCAUCAUCAUCAGUAGCAGCAGCUCAAUCAGUCUCAUCCUCAUCGUUCACCAAUCAAAGGCUACAACCAUUUCGUAGUAGUUUGUAUGGCACGAAGUCGACAGCUGGAGCAGCGGCCAGCAGCGACUACCGCAGGGUGACAGGAUCAUCAAGUGCCGCCGUAACUGCCAUUAAGCCCCUAACCCCAAAAACUUGCAGACGCAUCGAAUCCUAUGCCGAUGCUGUAAAUGGUGGCAACAAAACAAAAAACCUGACGCCGUUAAAAACGAAUAACAAUAACGGCAAUAGCAACAACAACAAUAACACAAAUAGCACUACCAAACAAUUCCUACGGAGUCGAUCUAACAACAAUAACAUAGCAAGAUCACAAAACUUCGAUCGUGGCAACCAAAGUAACAUCAGCUUCCGUAGCCGGAAUAACCUCCAACCCCAUCAGCAUCAACAUCAGCAACAACAUGCCAAGUCACCUGCGGUAAGCAGUAGUGGUGCUUCGGACGAGUCAAUUGUCCCGAAAUACGGUGGUGCCAUGUACAACAGCAAUGGUGGGCGAACCACUACUGCGCUCCUUAAUUGCGGCUCCCAGAAACGGGCCUACAACACAGUCAAAGUGCCAAAAGAAAAUGUUCCUAUGAACUCGAAUAGCAGUCGUUCAAAUGGUAGUAGUGGUUACUUCAACAGGUUUUCGACGUCGACAACGUUGGCAUCAAAAGUUGCUCCACCAGUGACCAAAGACAUAACCAAACCAGCAGGAGCAGGAAACAAGAUCCCCCUAGCGCCUCUGCAACACAAAAAGAAAUACAAAGAGGACAACAAACUCUCCAGCUCGUCAUCGCCUCAGCUUAAUGGCGUCCACAACCGUCGACAGUACCCGACUACGGUAAUAGUGGGUGGUGGUGGAAAUCGGGGUCGCGGUGAUGGAGCUGGCAGCACUGGAAGUACUCUUAAUGACAGCAGUGCCAGUGGAAGUUUAAGUGGAGGAAGCCAGGGCUCCCCGCGGACAAAGAAAGCCUUCUCCACCAAGUUCCCCAACGGUCUGCCAUUCGAGGAUGAGUUCUAUCGAUGGCGAUCGUUUUCGCAAUCCUCCAGCAACUACAGUCCGUACAGUGGUGCGCCAAGAUCCAAUGUCAGAGAUGACGUUAAUAUGGCACGAACCAAGUUCAAUGGCGAUAACGACGUUGACGACGAUCAGGAUAUCGACAACGAAAACGACUUAGACCGUGAUGAUGAUGAGUUCACUCGAAAACCAUCGAACGAACCACUCUAUGUGGACUUUUCAAAACCGAUUACACAGCAACAGCAACAACGAAGAAAGAAUGACAGCGACACCAGUAGCAUCAGCAGCAGUUACUAUCAGCGACAGCAGCGACAUCAUCAGCAUUAUUUCGAAUCAGCUCGUGGCCAGGCACCACAAGCAGCAUCUAGUCAUUUGCAUUAUACUCAUCAGAGGCAGCAAGCUCAGCCUCAGACUCAGCCUCAGCAGGCCCAACAACAAUAUCGUACCAGUGGUUAUCUGUACAAUGGCAAAAACGAAAGUAGCAGUUUUAGGACAACAACGCGAAGAGUAGUCCGUGGAACGGGCUGCAGCAUUCAUGACAAUAUCAAUAACAAUGACUGCGCAGCAACUGCCACAACAACAAAGACUUAUUCUUCGUAUAGCGAUCGUAACAACAACAAUAUCAAAUUUUUACAGCAACAAAGCCGCAGAGACAUUUUGGAGCCCACGAACUGUGAGUAUAAUUAUGAUCGUUCUUCAAGACGACGUAAAGAACGUUCAAAACGUUCACAUCGUAAAUCACCAACAUCAGGAAGACGUGCUCAUAAGUAUCGCUACAGGGACGAAGCAUCUCAUAGUAGUUCGCGUCGUCGCCAUCGUGAUCGUCCAAAGGAAAGGGAUAAUAGGACAUCACCAUCUAAGAAAUUGCGCGAAUCAGUGCCAAGCAAUCGCAAUCGAAUUAGUUUAUUCAUAGAAUGA